GGUCCCGCCCCGCUCCCAGCGCCGCCCGCGCAGCCCGGGCCCGCCCAGCGCCAUGGCGGCCGCGAGCGGCAGCGCCCGCUACCAGCAGCUGCAGAAUGAAGAGGAGCCAGGCGAGACCGCGGCAGUGGUGAAUGAUGCCCCUCCACCUUACAACAGCAUUUUUGCAGAGAAUACAGCUUAUUUUGACUACAAGGAUGAGUCAGGAUUUCCUAAGCCUCCAUCUUACAAUGUGGCCACAACGCUGCCUAGUUACGAUGAGGCUGAGCGAACCAAGGCUGAAGCCACAAUCCCCCUGGUUCCUGGAAGGGAUGAUGACUUCGUGGCACGGGAUGACUUCGAUGACACCGACCAACUGAGGAUAGGAAACGACGGCAUUUUCAUGCUGACUUUCUUCAUGGCGUUCCUCUUCAACUGGAUUGGAUUUUUCCUGUCUUUCUGCCUGACUACUUCAGCUGCAGGACGAUACGGGGCCAUUUCUGGGUUUGGUCUGUCUCUUAUUAAGUGGAUCCUUAUUGUCAGGUUCUCCACCUAUUUUCCUGGUUACUUCGAUGGACAGUAUUGGCUCUGGUGGGUCUUCCUCGUGCUAGGUUUUCUGCUCUUUCUCAGAGGAUUUAUUAAUUAUGCAAAGGUUAGGAAGAUGCCGGAUACUUUCUCCACUCUUCCUAGAACCAGAGUUCUGUUUAUUUACUAAAGCUGUUUUCUGGCAAACGUCUUCCUGCGUAGGCGAAUUCUCCCUCCAGAAGCACCAGGACACCUGCAGGAAGUGAAUCAAGACUCUGGAGCAGAAGCAAAAAUAAUCACCUGCUUUAAAACAAACGAAUAAAUAAAAGUACUGUUGGAAAAUGGGAAAAAAAAAAAAAAGAGAAGCAUUUCUUUCUAUUUGUUUCUAGGUGUAAAAUUUUAAUAAUUAAUGCAGAACUCUGUGAUCAUUGACUCAUUAGUGGCUAAUGUUUGACAAAGCUAUUGCAGUCGAGUCCGUGAUGUGCUAAUAAAGCCUGCUGUAGUUUCUGUAGUGACUGGGUAGCAUGAGCCCGGCUCGGGGCCGGCAGGGGACAGGCUUGCUUUAUUUCCUCACCACCCGGGAGCGGUUUGGGCUCGGGCUGUCCCGGGCAGCGGACGGCAGCGAUGACAUUACUGUCAUCACACACCUUUCUGCUGCCAAAACCCACUGGCUCUGCUGUCCGCGGCCGACAGGAAGAGUGGAUGCGUGCAGGGGUGACUGAGAGAGAGGAGCAUUUGGAAGGUGGCACGAGUAUUAGGUUUUAACAGUCAAUAUUCUCAAUGUUGUAGCACACUUUGCUUUCCUACUGCCUACUUUGGGGACUGUAUAGGGGUUUCCACAGUACACCUUGGCAGUGUAAAAAUGGAAGAUCACAUCAUGACUUUGUACAAAAAAAACCAACCUUGCAAAACAAAUGCUUUUUUUUUCCUUUGGCUUGGGACUUUUGAGACAAUUCCUAACAUACCUGUAAUUCCUGCUUUUCUAAUUUGUGUUAGCAGAGACGAUGACGUGUUAUAAAUGUAGAGUUCAUGUGCACUUCUGUGCUUUCUGCCAAGUGGUAAGUUCACUUUGGAGUUUUACUAUGUUAAAACU